AUGUCCCUCGCCCUCGACAUCGCCUCCGAAUCCCUCAACAUCCAGUCGCCGUCGCUGACUGUCUUCGCUCCGGCCGACGCCGCCUUCUCCACCUCCGGCCAGCCCAGCCUGGACCUCAUCCGCCUCCACAUCCUCCCCGUCGCCUUCCCUCUCCAAUCACUCAAGUCCCUCCCUUUCGGCGCCAAGAUCACGACUCUGCUCGACGGCGACUCACUCACCGUCACCACUCUCCCGGCCGACGGCCUCGUCUCGCUCAACAACGUCACCGUCACAGCGACUCCAAUCUUCGACGACGGCGCCUUGAUCAUCUUCCAAAUCGACAGGUUCUUCGACCGGUAUUUCCGGAUCUCGGGCCCGAUUGGGAGCCAGAGCCCCAAGAUUCUCGGCAGCUGCUCGGCGCCGCGAAACCCUAACGAGACGGCGGCGGCGGAAACGGCGGAGUUCAGUGAAGCAUGCGAGGUGCUGAGGUCGAAGGGCUGCUCUGUUAUGGCUUCGUUUCUUGAUAUGCAAUUCCAUGGGUUUCUCAAGUACCAGACCAUGUUGACCGUCUUCGCUCCCGUUGAUCAGGUCAUGGUGAGCCGGAUCGGAGAUCUGAGCCAGUAUUCGUCGGUCUUGCACCGCCACGUCGUCCCUUGCCGGCUUUCUUGGAGCGACUUGAAGAGUCUUGAGGAUGGGAGUCUGCUGCGGACUAAUUUGCAAGGGUUCGUCAUCAACGUGAGUCGAUACGACAGCGUUUUGGAGCUUAAUGGGGUCUCGGUGAUCAUGCCGGAGUUGUAUCACAACGACUGGCUUGUGGUUCACGGAAUCAGUGAAGUUCUUGAACUUCCACAGAGCACAAACCAGAGCACAACUCAGAAUCCAACGGAGCCCAAUCCAGUGGUGCCUUCUCCACCUCAGUCUCCGGCAGAUGGGGGGCGCAGCUCCGGUGAGGUUCUUGUUUUCCGGGAGUAUCUUUUAGUGUUCUUGGUAGCUUUAGUGGUCUAUUACUUUUUCAGGGGUUGA